AUCAGCUGUGUCCAAUCACAGCUGAUCACUGAUGAUCAGUGUAGCGCUAUCAGUGCCACCUGUAAGUGCCCAUCAAUGCCACAUAUCAGUGCCUACCAGUGCCCAUCAGUGCCACCUAUAAGUGCCCGUCAGUGCUGCCUAAAAGUUCCAAACAGUGCCGUCCAACAGUUACAAUCAGUGCCCUCUAUCAGUGCCAGUCAGUGCCGCCUAUCAGUGCGCAUUAGUGCCACCUAUCAGUGCCAUAUAUCAGUGCUGCCUUUCAGUGCCCAUCAGUGAUG